AUGCCUUUCUAUCAAUCAAGAGAUAUUGACAUUUCAGCUACUUUGGUUCCGUAUUCUUCUUCUUCUUCUUCUACUACUACUACUACUACUACUACUACUACUACUACUACUACUACUACUACUACUACUACUACUACUACUACUACUACUACUUCAAUGAAUAUCAAUUACAAGACAAGUAUAUUGAAGUUUAUAAAAUAAAAAGAUAAAAAAUAUCAUUAUAAUCAAUCAUAAUUGUGCCUUUGUCACUAUACUUACCAUUAUAUCGAUUACUAUUAUUAUUAAUGUUGUUUUCAUUGUCAAUGUUUAUCUGCUACUAAUUUGUUUCAGAUCAUUUCAUAAACUGAAUUAUUUUCAUCAUAGUUAAUAAACAUUUACUUCUGUUACAAAAUAGAUUUUCAUAGUUCUUUUCAGUUGUGUAAGAUAACCGAAUUUUAUAAAGCUUGAGUUCUACUUUA